AUUCGAUUACAUUAUACACGCAGAUUGAGCAAGUUGGAGUAACAAAUGAAUCGUAAAGAGAAAGAUUCAUCACAAAGGUGAAUUGUGCAAGCAGUUAAGGUGGCAGUUUACGAUGGUUCCAACGAGAUGGUUUUACGUGUUACUUACUUUGGGAGUGUGCGGAGAGAAAAUUAAAGACGAGAAUCGACCUUACGAGUUUAGUUUUACAAUCGACAGCCAGCAGCAUCGUUACGAAAAGAAAGAUAUAAACGGAAUCGUUCAAGGAGAGUUCGGGUUUAUAACGGCGGAUGGGGUGUAUCAUGUCACAGUCUACGCAACAGAUGAAAAUGGGAAUUUCAAAAUCAUUAGCAUGAAAAAUAUUAAGAUUAGUGAACGCCUCGAUCGACUCAAAGAAUCCGAGCUUCCCAAAAUUCCCGGUUUCCAAUACCAUACACCUACCACGCCGCAACAAUCGUACCCUACUAUUACUACAGUAGCGACAACCGUCAGACCUGUGUUAUCGACAAAACGUCUACCGAAGUUCCUCACUGCUAGCACCAUAAGAGUAGGUUGCGGAGGAUGUGGAAUUAUAACGACACCACGCAGUUUGAAAGAGUUUUUCAAUGGAAGAACGGGCAAAAUUGAGUCUACAACCGUUGAAACUACAAAAGUUACUAAUAGUGCCUAUUUAAAACCCAACGCACCCCGUCCCGAAGAUGCACCCUCUUUCUUUGAGGGCAGUCCAAAACCACGCAGGGUAAUUACCGAAAGUAUUGUUAUAUCCCAAACAGAAGCUUCUACGAUUUUCAAUCGUUCACCUAAACUAAUACAGCAGAAUGCGGUUACUGAAGAGUUCAGACCUACACUAAGAACUCAUUCGGAAGAAACAGUUACAAUGGGGACUUCCAAUGUUCCAGUUAUCUUCAGUUCUCCUUCGGAUAAUAUAGUUACAAAAGCACCACCUGGGCAGAACCCUCAACUUAGUGUACAGGAAACAACUCCACAUAAUGAAAUAGCAAGAGUCACAGGAGCUGUUACUAAUUCUACCCCUAAACCUGGAACAUUGGUUAUCUUCAGUUCAGAAAGAAGUACAGCACCACCUACGCAUAACCCACAACUUAGUGUACAGGCAACAACUGCUCAUAAUUUAAUAGCAAGCGCCAAGGCAGUAGUUGCUCAUUCUACUCCUAAACCUGAAACUUUGGUAGAUGUAAUUCGCCCUCAACUCUUAGAGGAGCCAAAUAAGGAUGUUAUAGAAAUACCGAAAGGUGUCAAGCAUGCCCACCAAAAAACCGCUAGAUACGUUCCAGACGUCUCGGCAAAGGCCAAAAUUGAAAACGGGGCAAUUCGAGUUCCUGGACACGAUCCAAUUUUGAUACAGGACAAAUAUCCAAACAUGGUUGACGGUUUGCCACACGGUGUCACAAAGGCCGACAUAUCCGACUUGUUAUACAAAUUUAAUUAUACAGUUGGCUUCCAUGGUCACUACGAGAAGGGAUGGAGGAACGGGACGAAGGUUGGGGGUUACUUUGUCAACGGUAGAGAUGGGUAUAGCAGGAUCGUGACGUAUGUUGCGGACGAGUUCGGUUACCGUCCCAAGUUUAAAAUGGUGCGGCUCGGUUUAGAUUCUCUUGGCACCCCCAAGGAAGACACGGAGAAGUCCUUCGGAUUAGAAAGCUUUGAGUUUGUUUGGUAUCCGCUUAGUUAAGAUUUAUUGAAUGUGCAAACUUUAUAUGCUUAACUCUUCACUUUGCAAUUCGAGUUGAACUUUGUUGCCAUAAUAUAAUUUCUGUACCACCCGAAUCUUAAGAUAGAAACGCCUGCGUUUAUGCAUCUCUAUAUACACUUGUAGUGCAACAUAAGUUGUCUAUCUGUCGCAAGUUUAAGAGUAAAUUAGAAUUGCUGCGCUAGCGCUUUCUGGUGGGAAAAAAUAUUUAUAUAGAUAUUCGCUGAUUCAACCCCUAUUCUGUUGAGCUGACUGAAUGGUUAAGAUUUUACUCGUAGGUUAAGAUUCACAAGCUGUCCUACUUUGUCAGCCCAUUCGAAAUAAGGUUGGACCCAUUAGUUUACCCAUGAAAAAUAUAUUGCUACCAAUUUCAAA